CAGCAUACCUGCACAAUCAUUCUCGUGACAUAAGAAGGGCGUGGCCUUGGGGUCGGGUCGUUGCGAGGAGGUCCUUUACUUCUCUUCAAUUGAACUGCUCUCAUCUACAGUAGUAACUUGAUCAAUUUCAUUGUUCAAUAUGUCUGACUCUCAGUAUACUCUCUACUCUUACUUCAGGUCCUCCUGCUCAGCGCGUAUUCGCAUCGCUCUCAAUGCAAAAGGAAUUCCAUACGAACUAGCAUUUGUCAAUCUUCUAAAGAACGAGCAUCUCUCCGAUUCUCACAAAACCCUCAACCCAUCAGCAUCCGUCCCCGUUCUCAUCUCAAAUGCCUCCAAAGACAAACCCUUCCGCAUCGGCCAAUCCGUCGCAGCCCUCGAAUAUCUCGAAGAAAAACACCCUUCCCAUGCCCUCCUACCCUCCAACCCUGAAGCACGCGCAAUAGUGCGAACCCUCGUCAACAUCAUCUGCGCCGAUAUCCAGCCCGUUACAAAUUUGCGCAUCAUGCGUCGUGUCAGAGAGCUCGGCGGGAAUGCAGAAGAGUGGAAUAAGCAGCUCAUGAGUGAUGGACUUAAGGCUUAUGAGGAGGUCGUGAAGGAUUCGGCGGGGAAGUGUAGCGUUGGUGAUGAGUUGACGUUGGCGGACGCUUGUCUUAUGCCUGCUAUGUGGAAUGCAGAGAGGUUUGGGGUUGAUUUGACGCUGUUUCCGACGAUUGGGAAGAUUGUGGAGGGGUUGAAGGAUCAUCCUGCUGUUGUGAAGGCGCAUUGGCAGAAUCAGCCUGAUACGCCUGACAAUCUCAAGGCUUGAUAGAUACAGAACUGAUAUGCAAAGUCUGGAUAGCCCUACGGCAGGUUAAAACGAAAGUUCCGGGUUCUUCAGAAAGGUCUACAUGACUACUUGCUGGCCAUAAGGUUAAACUUGACUCUGCUAACACGAGUACUUGGGACACGAUACUUCAAAAGAGUAGAUAUACAAGGAACUAUACGCUGCCGUGAUCUGGCAUGCUAAGCUAUGGGUAGAAUGUACACAAAGAUGGCAAACAAAUUGAUGCAAGUAAAGUCUAUUUAGCUUUUCAUACUACCUAUACGUUUCCCCGGACUUGCUUCACUUGAACAGUGGAAGAGGCUCAAGGAUUUGCC